AUCAGGGUGUGUAUUGUUUACAAUAGGUAACUGUUAUGAAACGAUAAUUAAGCAUUAUUUCGAAUUUUAACUGUUUUGAAAGUGAAAAUACGUAGCAGGUCUUAUUGUUUAUAUACAGAUUUAAAUAUUUUGUCAUAGUUCUAAAUUCGAUAAAUCGACGCAGGUAUUUACACUGCAAAUCCAGAGAUCGGCAAGAAGCUCUAGAGAAUUUACUUCUUUCUCUCUCCAACUUUUUUCAACAACAAUUGUUUUCAUACAUACUAUAGCUUUUCACAAUGGGAGACCACAAUAUUGCCCGUUUAACAUUCAUAGUCCUGUCUCUUGUCAUGUUCAUCAUCUGCAUCAUAUUCAAUAUACUUGCUGGACCAGGUGUUGGUCCUUUUCUGAACACCACCAGUGCCAUAUCAAAUAAGUAUGAUACAGAUAUCACACCCUCGGGAUGGACUUUCUCAAUCUGGGGGGUGAUCUACACAUGGCUAACUCUCAUGCAUGCAUAUAUCCUCUCCACCACCUGCAGGAGGACUGCUUAUGGUCCAAUGUACUGCAGUCCUGCUGUGUUGCCAUAUGGAUUCUUCAUCAGCUGGAUUUUAAAUAUGUUACUGAAUAUAGGCUGGCUCCUUCUAUGGGACAGAAAGGUGAUGAUUGCUUCAUUGAUUUUCCUUGCCUUAAUUGCCUUCACAAACUACUUGAUGAUAUUCUUCUCUUGCCAUGGCCUCAAAGAAUAUGGAGCCUGGUUAAAUAAAUAUCACAAAGUAGACCUCUGGUGCUUGCGAAUGCUGGUUCAGAACGCGAUUGCCACAUACACCACAUGGACAACUAUUGCCACACUGAUCAACUUCACGAUUGUGCUAAAUUAUGAUGCAGGAAUGACCAGAUCAGAUGCAGGAACAGUGUCUCUCUCAAUCCUUUUGGGUGAAGUUGUUGCUUGGUUCAUUGUUGAGAACAUUGUGUUUGAAAAGCACCUGCGAUACAUCCUGACAGUCUACCCUGUGGUCAUUGUGGCUCUGAUCGGAAACAUGACAAAGAAUUUUAAAGCUGCAAAUCCAAGCCGUAAUGGCAUUUUCAUAGCUGUCUUACUGGGGUUGGCUUGUGCGCUGUUUGCGAUCAGAGUGGUGCUAAUUAUCUGGAGGCAUAUUAAACACCCUCUCUACAGAGGUAUGAAUGCAGAGGAGGUUGUGUCACCGACAGAAAUUGCUGAAAAGCAAAAGAAAAUCUUAAAUUAAAUUGGAUGUUCAUGUAACUUUAUAUCUAAUCAUGCUAAUUAAGUGUUUUUUAUUAAUGCUAUCUAUUUAAUUGUUUAAAUGUAAAUAUGGUGCUUUUGAAAACAUCACUUAUUAAAAAUAAACAGCAAAACACUCUAAACAUGAGUCAAACAAAUUGAAUUGCUCUUAUCAGGGCAGGGGUAUCAUAGUAUCUAUACAGUCAGUGGGCAUGAUCUGAGCACGUAUAUUUUUUUACCUUCAGCAAUAAAAUCAUAAAGCUCACAUGGGUCACAAGGCAUAGCAAUCAGUAGAUAUGUUUAUAUAAAGGGAAGAUCAUAGUUUGAGAGGGGAAGUCAGAAGGAUGAGUUUGUAAGGACUAAUAGUAUGAAAACACAUACGCAGAGUGCUCAGUCGGUGAUUCAAAAUUCAUAGAGUUAACAUGAUCACAAUCCUUCUUUAUAUGUAUUUAAUUAACUGUUUAUCACUAUUUGUGUAUUGCUACUGUGUAAUAAUAACUCAUGUAUUUGUAUAUGAACCGAUGGAAGGAAUCCAUUUUUAUCAGUUCAG